CCUCCAAUGCAAUCGAGCGUUGCUUCCGCGUGAAAAGCUCCAAAGUCUUUGUCAUCACUUCUCCUUCACAGGACAAGUACAGUCAAAACAUUGAACCUUCAUUGCCAUUUCUUUUCUUUUUCUAAGUUUAAUUUUUUCUCUGCUUUCUCUCAACUUUCAAGCCUUUUUCUUUGUACAUAAACUCUGGUUUUUCAAAACCCAAAAUCCCCCGAACCAAAAAGCCAAAAAAAAAAGAGAUGGGUUUUUCAAAGGAAGAGAAAUCAAGACGGAUUUGGAGAGGUGUUAAAACUGUGUUUUUCUUGAUAACAAUGGUGAUUUCUUUUCUUCUUUUUUCUGCACCAGUUUUUUUUGUUAUUGCUGAUACCCUUUUGCCUUCUGCUUUGCUUUCUGCUUCCCUUUCUCCUUCUUCUUUAUCAUUCAAAACCCUCUCUUCCCAUUUCAGCAACUAUGAUUUUAGAUAUUCUCUCAUUGAUAUUCCCCUCAUAUCAAUCAUCAGAUCAGCUGUUAUAAUCUGUGUUUAUAGUUUUUGUGAUGGGCCAAAACUUUCCAGGGGACCUUACCUUGGAAUUACAAUGAUUUGUUCUGUUUCAUCUUUGAUUUUUGUUUCAUUAAAAGCUUCAUUCGUGUUCAGUUCGGGUGUUCCCAGAGAAGGGUAUGUUACAGCCAUGGAAACUGCUCUUUUCAUUUGUUCAUUGGCCUUGGCAUUUGCCCAUAUAAUUGUUGCAUAUAGAACAAGCUGCAGAGAAAGAAGAAAACUCCUUGUCUACAAAAUUGACAUUGAAGCUAUUUCAGCUUGCAAGAAUGGGUUUGCAAGGUAUCAGAAGAUUCUCCAAGAAGAAAGAGUGAAGUUUCAGAUUUAUCCAAAACAAAUCAGUAACCUGAAAAUCAAAGAAGAAAACAAGCAGAUAGACAGUAGCAGCAUAAAACUCCUCUAUAUACAAAUAGAUCCUGAACAUAUUAUAUAUAUAUAUAUAUGCAAAAUUAUGUGGCUGGUGAUUGUGUAUCACUAAGUAGAGGCUAUGAUUUUGAGGAUAGAUCCAACAUUCUUUCAUGAUUUUGAGUGUACAGUUUGUAUCACAUAUAAAAAUAUUUAAAAGAGAAAGAAAUGGGCCAAAGGCCUUUUCAUGACCUUUGGGUGAAAAUAUAUUCAACACCCCAAAUUCAUUUGCAUCCUUCGCAGAACAGGUUGGGGACGCUUCAUGAAAUUCAGCGCCAUACCUUUUUUUUCUCUGAACUCUCAUAAUUUUUUAUGUAAAUAUUCGAAUGCUUAUAAUUUAUA